CCUCUACAAAACAUUCUAACCACCGAACUCAUCUUAGCUACCUAAGUUAGUUUCUCAUACACCCUUCACCCUUGUGUUUUUAUAUUAAUCCGUGACCGUGUCAAUGGCCACUACUAUGAGGGUGUUAGCUCUUGUUGCUAUGUUUGUUGUUGCAGUUAAUGCAAUAGUGUCUGAAAGUAGAGUGGCAAGAAAGGACCUAGGGUUGGACCUUGGUGGGGUGGGAAUUGGGGUGGGUGCUGGGGUUGGAAUUGGCCUUGGUGGUGGGGGUGGUGCUGGUUCUGGUGCAGGUGCUGGCUCAGGCUCAGGCUCUGGCUCUGGCUCUUCCUCUUAUUCAAGUUCUGGCUCUUCUUCUUCAUCAGGUUCUGGAGGAGCAGGUUCUGAAGCUGGUUCCUACGCAGGAUCUCAUGCUGGAUCUGAGGCUGGCUCAGGCUCCUCUCGUGCGGGCUCCGAAGCAGGUUCAUAUGCAGGGUCUCAUGCAGGGUCAGGAUCAUACGGUGGUAAUGGAAAGUAAAAUCAUGCAUGCAAGUUAGUUAACAGAAUUAUAUUCUAGUACCUAGUCGCAAAAAUAAGUUUAUGUGUGUCCAUCCUUUUUUUUUUUGUACGAAGUAGGAGCCAUGGUAAUGCUUCUCCCUGCUUUGUCCAAUGUGUAACAAUAUGCUUCAAGGGUUGAAUAAUUUAAUCAUGUAUGUAUACGUGUCUGUUACUUUGUUACUGGCUUAUCUUGGUGACAAUUCUAUAAUAUUAUCAAACUAUGGCUUGAUAACAACCA